AUGGGCGCCAAAUCCUUCGCCCUCGGCCUCCUAACCGGCCUCCUCCUCACCCUCGCCCUAACCACCGCCUUCCUCCUCUGGCUAAAGCCCUACCUCACCGCCGGCAAAGCCGGCCUGCGCGUCUUCCGCGGCGUGCGCAGCCUCUGGCGGCGCCGUCGCCCCAAAGCGCCUGAUCUCGAAUCCGCCACCGCCACCUGCACCUCCACCCCGCCACCGCACAACCACCCCCCAGCAUCGCGACCCGUCAGCGAGACGAACGGGAAGGGUGGGCGGCCCUGGCACACCAUCGAGCUCCAAGCCUCAUCCGUGUACGCGCACGCCGCGCCGCCGCGGAAAGCGUUUAAUCCGCUGAAGCGCGCGAAUACGGAUAGCAGUGGUGGGCGGGGGGUGGUUGAGCGCGGCGGGCGGCAGCCGAAGCCGGUGCUUGCGCGGUUGAACACGGAUGUCGCUAGCACGCCGCCGCUGCAGCGGGUGCAUAGCAAUGUUGAGUAUCCGCGGCGGAGCCAGGAGAGCGUGAGAGCGUGA